AUGGUCAGCUAUAGAAAACAUAUUGCAAUAAUAGUCCAACAGCUUAACAAAUUUAACCCUGAAAAUCAGAGCGUGGAGGAUUUCUUGAAUGAAUCAGCUAAGAUGUUGCAGACUUCUAAUGUGACAGAAGAAAAAUUUGUGUUGGAUACACUAGCUGGAUGCAUAGAAUAUAAACCCUUAUUGGAUGUAGUAGUCGAUGCCUUUUUUGUUAGGGAUGGGAGAUACUGCCUGAUUUCUGAGCGUAAUCUCUAUAUAGUUAUUUGUUAUCUGGCUACUUUUCAACUAGAAGAGCUCGGUCUGCAGCACUUCAGCAGAAUUGUGAAAUCUCUGGACACUGCAAAAAUGCAAAAGUUUCUUAGAUUCUUCUUCAAUGCCUUGUAUUUGAACACAUGGAUAAAAGAUGAAUGGAGUCAGUUCUACGAUUCACUGUAUGUAAAAGAGAACUGGAUUGAUCCACUACUAAGAUGGCAGCCAAAAGUACAGCAACUGAUUGAACAGCUCACAGAUAUAUUAAGUAAUCGUACUACCAUGGUCAAGAGUUCAACGGUCACUCAGCCAAAGGAAUUUAAUUUGACUGUACCCAAACCACGUGCCAUUCCUAUACCUCUGCUAAUACCGCUACUGGAAAAAAGGCCACCUGUUCCUCCAAGCACCUACAAACCUCCAAAGGAAAAAAAGCAACUAGAGGAAAUCAAAACAAAAAAUCGCCGAAAAGCAGAAGAUCUGCUCCUGAAAGCAAAUGCUAACCAGUUCAGGUGUGCAACCAUGAAGCCUGAAAAGGGAGAGAACACACAUGACAGUACGAAGAGUAAUCCAGCAUUCCAGGCUCAAAAGAUCCAAAGUAAGACUGACAAUAUACCUAUUAAAUUAAAUGCUGCAGCUAUUUUAAGAGAGGGUGCCCUCUAUCAGCGGAAAAUGGAACAGGAGCUCAAGAGAAUUGAAAAUUUGCUACGAGGGGCUGGAGACCCAUCUGAAUUCUUGGAAUGGCAAAAACAGAUGCGUGGAAAAGAUUUGGAAGAGCAGCUGGCUGAAAUAGAGUGUAGGAGGCUUCAAGGGAAACUGAGUCACGAAGAGGCAGUUCUAGCCCAUCAGAAUGUAAUUCAAGAAAAUAAGAAGAAAGCUGAUCUAAUGAGAGAAGAGAAAGCGGAGCUGAUGCACCGGUAUGCAGAGAAACGUCUACAGGAACAGAAAGAAAUGAGAGACCUGGUGGAGCAGGUCGUGGAAGGACACAAGAAUGCAAAGCAAGCAAAAAUAAAGCUCCAGAAAUACAAACAGCGGAUAGUUCAGGAAGUUUGUGAAGAAAAUCGAGAACUUCUUCGGCAAGCUUUAGAAGAAGAGGAGGAAAAACUUAGGAAAAGAUACGAACUAAUUCAACAAAUACGAGCUAUUGAGUCUUUACCAAGCGUCAGACACAAGUUUGUUGAUUUAACUGAGACUGGUGGCCAUGGUUUAAUUUGUGAAAUGUCAAUAGUGGAACUACGUGAACGCCUCGCUCUACUCAGAGACGCACAGAAGGCAGCAGAGGAAGAGAAGAGAGACCAGAUAAUUCAUGAAAAACAAGCUAAGGAACAACUUCUUCUAGACAAACUGGACCAGAUUUCCCUGUUCAGAGCACAACUUGGACGAGCAGCUGCUUUAAAGCAAGAAGAAAAGAAAAGAAAGUCCCAGUCUGGUGAAAGGCCUAUGAAAGAUGAACGCAUUUUAAACCUGCAGAAAAAGAUUGUAGAAAAAACAAUGGAGCGUAAAAAGCAAGCAGGACUCUUAAAGAUUACCCCGCAGAAAACCAGCAUCGCAUCAAGGAAGGAUUCUCUGCAAUGGAACCAUUGGAAAGAACUGGAAGAGAGUCGGGAACGACAGUUCAGGAUCCUUCAACGUGGCUUCAUGGCCAGAGAAACGGCUCAGAAAAUGGCUGCCUAUGAGGCAGCAAGAAGUUUGGACGAACGUCGGUCUCGGACACUGAGAAAUCUGGACUUUUGA